UGAGCAGGGAGAGCCCAGCACAGCGUGGACUGUGGGAAGCGAGGAUGGGAGUGCAGAGCCUGGCGGUGGCUUGCGGGGCACUGGCCUUGUGCCUGGCACUCACCACAGCCACCAACCCCGGCUUCGUGGUGAGGAUCACCCAGGCGGGCUUGGAUUACGCAAAUCAGCAGGGGAUUGCCAUCCUGGAGAAGGAGCUGGCCCAGCUGAAGCUGCCAGACAUCUCGGGUAAAUCAGGGAAGGUGCACUAUGACCUGUCCAGACUGCGCCUUCCCAAUUUCCGCUUGCCAUACUCAAGGAUUACCCCAGUCUCCAACGUGGGCCUGCAGGUCUCCAUCUCCAAGGCUUCUGCCGAGCUGGAUGGGAACUGUCGGGUAAAGUUUCUCUUAAUUCGGAGCAGCGGAUCUUUUAACCUGAAGGUGGAAAAUGUCUCCAUCAAAAUCAUCCUGAGGCUGGGCAGUGACAUCACUGGGAAGCCCACCAUCAGCACCUCGGACUGCAGUGCCAGCAUCUCCAAAGUCCGGGUGCUCUUUUCUGGCAAGUUGGGGUGGCUUUACAACCUGUUCCACAAGACUAUUGAGUCCCGGUUGAGGAAGAAUUUUGAGAGUGAGGUCUGUGACAGUGUGGCCAAGUCUGUACAAAACAAACUCCAGAAGCAGAUCCUGACCCUGCCAGUGACAGUCAAGGUAGAUAACAAGACUGGGAUUGAUUACUCCUUGGUGGCACCCCCAAGAGCUACGGCCCAGUACCUGGACCUGGACCUGAAGGGUGAAUUCUACUCCCUGGCCAAGCGCUUCACUGUCCCCUUCUCACCACUGCCACUGGCCUUCCCCUCGGAUCACGAGCGCAUGGUUUACUUUGGAGCCUCCAGCUACUUCUUCAACACAGCUGGCAUUGCCUACCAAAAGGCUGGGGCCCUGGUCUUUGAAAUCACAGAGGCCAUGAUCCCAAAGGAAGCAGGAUUCCGAUUGGACACCUCUGUCUUCUCAGCCUUCAUUCCCCAGCUGGAGGAGAUGUACCCAAACAUGCCAAUGAAGUUCAGGCUGUCUGCUCCCACUGCUCCGUUCCUGACUAUUGGACCAGGAGGAAUCUCGUUCCAGCCCAUUGUGGAUGCUCAGGCUUAUGCCAUCCUUCCCAACUCCAGCCUGGUUCCUCUCUUCCUCCUCAGCCUGGUGAGUUUAGACACAGCCUGUGGCAGUGGGGCAGGAGGGAGUUUGAGCUGUGCCCAGUUCGAGUGA